AUGGAGUUCAACCUGAACAGAAUGAAGCUCUGCCAUAUGAUCCUGACGUUGCUCGCUGUCCCAGUGUGCUUUGGGCUUUCAUCAGAGAAUAUAAAAAUAUUCAGACUUACUCAGUGUCUGCUGGACGGUAACUCUCUGUCCCUUCAACACCUGCAGUCUUCCUCGGAGCUGAAGCUGGGAGAUCUGGAGAGAGAGUGUCUUGAGGAGAUCUGCUCGUAUGAGGAGGCCAGAGAGAUCUUCACCGUCCCAGAACAACUGGAGGAUUUCUGGAAAAGAUACACAGAUCGUUUCCCAUGCGGAAGGCUGGUGGAGAAGGGUGUGGGUCCGAGGAUAGUGAAUGGUGACGUGUGCCCUAAAGGACAGUGUCCAUGGCAGGCUUUACUAGAACUUGAAGAACAAUAUAAAUGCGGUGGUGUUAUUCUAGAUUGCCGGUGGAUUCUCACUGCUGCUCAUUGCGUUUGGGAAAAGGAUCCAACCCUCUUACAAGUGACAGUCGCUGAACACAUCCGUGGGAAAGACGAAGGAACAGAACAGAUAAGGAAAGUGUCUAAAGUGUUCAUCCACCCAUGGUACAACCACUCCAGCACUGACAGUGACAUUGCACUGCUGCGUCUGCUCAGCCCCAUCAGGCUCGACCCCUUCGCUAUUCCUGUAUGCCUUCCUCCUGCUAAUGGCACAUUUGGACGCACCAUAGGAGCCAUUCGCAUGUCCACCGUCAGCGGAUGGGGUCGCCUGGCACAAUCCGGUCUGCCGUCUCCGGUUCUUCAGAGGCUGAAGGCAGAGUGUAGGACAAAGUCGGGUCUGAAGGUGACCAGAAACAUGCUGUGUGCUGGCUUCAUAGAAGGCAGCCGUGACUCCUGUCAGGGGGACAGUGGAGGGCCGCUGACCACCCGCUAUAAGAACAUUGUGAGUUGGGGUAAAGGCUGCGCACACGCUGACGUCUACGGCAUCUACACGCGUGUGUCCGUCUUUGUGGAGUGGAUUUUGAAGUCUGUAGCUUCCGCAUGAAUUCAAGAGUUUCUGAAUGUUAUUAAAGGUGAAGUGUGUUCAGAUAUGAGUUCAUUGUUCAGAGUCACUGUAAGAGGCAGUUCACACAAAAUAAGUUUUUUGCUCUGAAAAAUGUGAGAUGUGGGCAGUGCAAUGGAGGGGGGAAAAAGAGUAUUUUUUAAAAAUUGAACUUACUUUGAGCGCUGCAGUUUUAGAAUAGCAAUGUCAUGUGUGAGACGCUGCAAGUGUAAUGGUCAGAUACAUCCAUCUAGCGUGUGUUUAAACAACAGAAAAGUAGCGCAGUGGAAUACAAAAACAUGUUCUGUGUGAAUGGCCCCUAAGUCAUGGUAGUUUGACUUCCUGAAAUGUGAAACACUGUGUGACAAUUUUACAACAAUGAUUUUUUUUUAUUUUUUUAUUUUGUUUUGAGUAGCCCAACAUGUGAACGUCUGACUCAACCAAUCAUAUGUGUUUGGGGCUAGACUUAUGAUUUUCACCCUAUCCACCUUAUUUUUCAAUGCGGAAGUAAGCUGUUCUCUGUGAAUGCGUGAGACUUCCGCUUCAUUAGCCACGGUAUACCCUAUAGGGAAAUAACAAGAAAAAUAACAAAGUGCAAUAAAUGGUCAAAUUGUUUGUGCUAGAACCCAGUGUGUUUAUAAUUAAGACAACACAUUAAAAUAAUAUGGUAAGAAACACCAGUUUGCAGUUUGCAGUUCCAAGCAGAAAAAUUUGUUGUUUUGUACAGCUUAAAAUAGCUGGAAGUGGAUGACACCGGAAACCGGUCAAUUUACAAAUGGCCGCAGCUUCUCUUACGGAGAAAUUAAGGUGGAUAGCAUUGUGGAGAAAACACUGGCACUGGUAAACACCAGAAAAUGUAAUAAUCUAUUUAUUUUUGCAAUUAAUUUUGGUGCAGAAAAAAAACAUACUGUACCUUUAAAGACACAUUAAGACACAUGUAAGUGAGUAUAUAUGAUAAAGGAUGGCAGGAAAUUAUGAAAGUUGUAUUAUGUAUCACUGGAAUCUGCACAUAUAUUGCCACAAGUAAAAUUUUUUUAAUGUUGUCCUGUGUC